AUGUUGUUGUGGAGUACGUGUCUGCUGGGGCUGCUAGCUGUCAGCCAAGGCGCGUCUAAGGAGUCCCGCCGGCAGUGUAUCAGGUCUAGUCUGAUCGAGCGACAUCGUUUGAGCCCCCAGCUCUUUGCGAGCUGCGAUGGGGCGCGUUUCAGGCGUCGUGUGGAUGCGACAUUUCAUGGUAAGCCGAAGCCGCGCGCCGAGCUCUUGGCCAACAAAUUUCUACCAUCAUACAGCUUGGAGCAGACCAAUUCGCUGGUGGAGCUCGUCACCAAAAUAGCCAAAGAGUAUUUGGUCAAAUGCCCGCCGACCAUCUACUACGACAGCACGGUGACCAGGACGAAUGGGCACCUCUUGGAUAAACUGUUCAAGACCAUGCCAGUGACGUUUUAUCAUGGCAGCAUCAAGGACAACUUCGAGCCGAGGAAUCCCAACUUCAUGAAUCACAUCGAUACCAACUGCAAGAGCUAUAUUCUGUUCCUAUCCGAGCCAGUGAUGGCGCGCAAGAUUUUAGGCCCCCAGACGGACAGUCGAGUGGUCGUUAUUUCCAGCUCGUCGCAGUGGAAGUUGCGUGACUUCUUGAGCUCCGAAUCGUCAUCGAAUAUUGUCAAUCUGUUGGUCAUUGGUGAAUCCUUGAUGUCAAGUCAAGAGCGCGUGAGUAUGCGAAUGCUUAAGAGAUAGCAUUAA